CAGCUGUACUGCUGUGAAGACUACCACCAGUUCCUGCUUUUUAUGUAUGAGGAGAAGUCUAAGACCGAGGACACGGUCCCGGCAAAAAUAGACAUCAAGCCGCACGCACCGUUUGGCAGCAAACAGGCUCGGAGAGCGGCCAAGGAGAGGGCAGCACAAAGGAUGAAGGAGCGAGAGGCAGAGAGACAGAAGAAUCUGGCUGGGAUGAACCAGGCAAACUUCUUUGCCUUUGCCCGUCAGAUGAAGACGAUAAACUACCAGCUGUCGUCGCAGAAGUGCAUGGACGAGGGCUGGACCAUCCGACCCUCAUCACCCAUGGAGGAGCUCCCGCCUCCAGAGGAGAUCUUCUGUCCUGGACCAAUAGAAAACACUCUGGCUCAGAGGAGAAAUGAGCUUGGCCUGAUCAUGAGAUACUACGAUGAUGGGACUCUGUUCUUUAUGCUCUUCCCAGACGGCACUGGAAACGUCUAUUACCCCUCCGGCUCCCUGGCCGUCACCAUCAGUUCAGUGGAGAAGAAACAGUACACCUACAUCAUACAGGAGGAUGCAGCAGACAGAGCGGAGCAGCUGGCUGUGUUUGAUGCCUCUGGAUUUGCAACCUCCUACUUCCAGACUGGGACCAUCAGGAUGCACCUGACUCCUAUGGAGGGUUCGCUGUUCGACGUGUAUGGGGAGAAACGGCGGGCAUGGCACUGGAAAGAUCAGGUUACGCACGUCCAUGCUCCGCCGUUCCAGCCGAUCUGUUUCACGCUGAACCGCCACAUGUCCGUGCGUGUGAUGUCGCAGGAUCGGAUCUACCUGACGUUCACCGCGCAGAGCAAGAGUAUCAAGCUCAACGUGGGGACAAGGCUAAAGUUCCUGACCACAGAGUUCCCAGAGAAGGAAGAGGACCUGGAGGAACUGUACCUGGUCCAGAGUAAAACUCAAGUAGAGACAUUAUUUGACAAGAUCCAGAACGUUCUGAAGUUCCCCAAGUGCACGCGGCUGGACAAGCUGUCCCCCCCUCCCCACCUCAGCAGUAGAAUCACCCGGCUCAGCAAGUCCCAGCAACGACCAAUCAGCAGGCAGCGUGCGAGUCGUGCCACAUCAGCGUCUGCCUCACCCAUGGUCUUUGUUAAUUAGUGCACAUUAGAGCUUAACGACUGUGCCUUUGUUAAUUAGCGCACCUUAGAGCUUGAUUUCAACACCUGUACAGUCUCUGGAUUAAUCCGAAUUCUGGUUAACAAAGUUCUUUAAAGUACACAGCCAAGUGUUUAUAUAUAUUAUGUAUGGCCUCCAUCGGUCAAUAUUGACCACGGUAAAAUCCUAAUUGAUAUACAUGUAAGCCCUACAACUUCAGCUAUGGCAAAAAGGCCUAUACAAGAAUGACAGUCUCUGACACAUAGGGCACAUCUGUAAGCUGACUAAGGUCUGUUACAGAGUGUUUACACUACUCUGACAUUUUGGUGACUGUCUUUUACCUUCCUCCCGGCUACUGACUGGUAACACUUCCUCAGUCAUGUUUGGGACAGCAAUUUCUUUACAGUGUAGCAGAGACACCUAGCUGCUGUGUGAAGUACUACCAGCAGGGCUGUCUCCAGCUUUAAAUUUUUUUUCUGUCCCACUCAUUGUUUGGGAGCCUAUGUUGUUGAUUUUCCUUGUAAAAUGUCAUUUUCUUAGCUUAUGAAAUAGAUUUUCAACAGUUUCAUGUCAUUUUGGGGAUGGAUGGGGUAACAUUCUUUUCCAUCUCAACAAGCAAGAUCCAUUCUGGGAUGGAGGGACGGGUCCUGGAGACAGUCAGUAUUGCUCUGAGGAAGGUGACAUGUACAGACAGUCUCCAGAAUGUCGGCUAGGUAUUAACCCAGGCCAUUUUAGUAGGGUUGUGUACAAAGAACUGUGUUGUCCAGUUUACCAACACUGGCAACAUGAUGAAAUUCUUCACUGAUUGAGACCCCAAUUCUAAUACAAAAGUGGGAAAACAAAAAGCAAAUUCAAGACUUAUUGUUUUCCUUAUCUGUCAUUUUCUGACAGUUUCAUGACAAAAAUCAUGACAUAGGAGGUGAAUCAUGACUUUUUUGAGAAAUGAAACCUAACUAUAUUCUAUGUUGCUUGACGGUUUACUGUCAUUGCUAAUAGUGUUUCAAACUUCAGAGAAACCCAUUUGAAAACUUCUUCCAGCUUUUUCUGCCUUAUCUUGACGAUCAAUGAUAUCACAAUAUGAUGUGUUCAGGCUUAGAAUUCUAGUGUUCAGACAAAUUGUUAUUUAUGCUUUCGCUAAUUGCAAUAUGAUUGUUUUACUCUUUGAUGUUGCUUGCAUGGCAUGACCAACAUUGAGCUUUUAUACCCUGUAUAUAUUAUAUAUCUAUUGGUGUUGGAACUUAUUUAUGCAACUUACUUGUAUGUGUUGAAAUUGCAAGGUAUUGAAACUAAGCAAUAUGGAUUUCUUGUUUGGUCUCAAGGGAUCAUAUAUAUGCAUAUAUAUAGGUUAGAAGAAAUAGUACAUAGCUUAUGUGUUGGUUUCAUGAGAGCUUUUAUGCAUAAUUCUAAUUGUCAUAUCAUUUGCAAUGUGAAUUGUAUAUAAAGCAUUUUAUGUUCUAAAGUAAAUGUUGAAGCUGGCAUGACAUUUUAUUAAUGUGAUAAUUGAUAAUGAUAUUGUAUUUGGACCAAGUUGUCCAAACUGUUAUUCAUUAAAGGGGUAUAUAAUACAGUAUACAUUUAACUUCCAA